ACGAUACCACUCUAAUUUGGGCCUGUAUUUGAUUGGUGAAAUUUGGGCUUCUGUUUUUAGAAACGAAAUGGGCUCAAUAUUUGGUAUAUCAGGCCCACAAGCAAUUAGCGGGGGUAAAAUGAAGUAGUUACUCUCCCACCACAGGCAAAGGCAAAGCUUUCUGGAAUCCUCCAUAACUCUCGUGCUCCCUGACAUUUCCUCCACUCCCACCUCCAUCGACCGCGCUAAAACCUUCGUCGGCGCAGUCAAUCGAGGUAAGCGAAGGGAAUCAGCCAUGGCGUUAAUCUCCGAAUACGAGGAAGAAGACAGCGGGACGAAGCCCUCAUCGUCGGCUGCCUCGCCGCCUGCGCAGCCUUCGACUUUCACAGCCCCUUUCGAUCCCAGCAAUCCGCUAGGGAUCGUGGAGAAGCUCUUCGACUUCCUGGCAGCGGAGUGCGACUACCUCUCCAAUGCCGCGGCGGAGAAGGAGAUCGCGGCCGCGGCGAAGGCUGCCAAGGAGAAGCGAAGAAGGAAAGAGGAGGCGGCGGCGGAAAGAGAGAAGGCCGACGCUGCUGCUAAGGCUUCCGAGAGCAACAAGAGACUGAAGGAGGAAGUGAAGGACGAGAAGAAGAAGGACGAGAAGAAGGAAGAGAAUGGCGUCAGAGUCCCAAACAAGGGCAAUGGACUUGAUCUGGACAACUACUCAUGGACACAGACACUGCAAGAGGUUACGGUGUUGGUUCCGGUUCCUCAUGGGACUAAAUCAAGAUUCGUCGUGUGUGACAUAAAGAAGAACCACCUCAAAAUUGGACUCAAGGGUCAGCCUCCAAUUAUUGAGGGGGAACUCUACAAGCCUAUCAAGGUUGAUGAUUGUUACUGGAGCAUAGAGGAUCAAAACACUAUCUCUAUUCUGUUGACCAAGCACGACCAAAUGGAAUGGUGGAAAACUCUGGUGAAAGGAGGCCCUGAAAUCGAUACACAGAAAGUUGAACCUGAAAACAGCAAGCUUGCUGACCUGGACCCUGAAACACGCCAGACUGUCGAGAAGAUGAUGUUUGACCAGAGGCAGAAGCAGAUGGGUCGCCCAACCAGCGACGAGAUUCAGAAACAGGAUAUUCUGAAGAAGUUCAUGGCCGAGCACCCGGAGAUGGACUUCUCAAGGGCAAAGAUCAACUAAAAUAGUAGUGAAGGGUUCGAAAUGGGCUUUUUUUAGAGGCUGGUGAUGGGCACAUGAGACGUUGUCGUUUUGGCUUCGGUUGAAUCACUCUGCUUUCUGUGGUAGUGGAUUGAAUUUGAAGGUGUAACAUCGUAGAACUACUUUUUGUUAAUAGGAGUGGAAAACCUCUUCCAAAGAGGGAUAUCUGGAUUUGGUUAGUUUAGCUUUUGCAUGGAUCGGAGCGUUCUUCUGGACGCAAGACGUUGAGACUCACCCGCCGUUACUGGAACAAAUGAACAACAGAUCUCCAACCUGAACAGGAUCCACAAAAAGAACUUGGGCCAAGAUGUUACAACAUGCACAAGGUUGAGCACAGCCCAAUCCAUGAAGGGAAUAUCGGCCGGGGCCCACAAAACAUAGAUCCCAAUCCGACUAGGCGAAUUAUAAAAAAGAAACAUAGAUCUCAAUUAGAUUAGACGAAUUAUCCACACAAAAAAAAACAAAAACAAAAACAAAAAAGCAAUCAGACUACGUAUUUGAGAAACUACGUACAAUGUCGAACUCGAGCAAGUCACCACUUCGCAACAAUCACUUAACGCUUAUACUUGUUGUUCACCUUCACCAAUAAACUUUCAGGGUCAAU